UUACUGCACACACAACACAGUUUCUCGAGACGAUAAUUCAUACAAGAAAACGUAACAUUUCAGGCUCCCGGAAGCGGUGUUGGUUGUUAAAGCUUCCGUAGGAAAUAUAAUCACAGCGGCAGUCGAAAUGCCCAGAUAACCGUUCAGGCCAAUUCGCUGGUCACUGUGCAAGUGUGCAAUAAGGGGGUUGAUCUCGUUUUUGAGGGUACUUUAUCGCUAAACUAUUGUGCGUAAGUGUUUGAUAAGGUGUGAUUCAUAGUGGUCCCUGCAAUCUGAUAACAGUAUAUUGGCUGCGUGCCAGCAAGUACUCCAAACUAUCGAAGAAGAAAAAACCCACGAGCAACAGUGCAACAACUGCAUCCCAGAGCGCACCCUUCAAUAUCGCUAGCCAGCGAGUUUGCAAGCAAUGACAAUGGGAGAUGAUGCGCCCGUCGUAACAUCCCUGGUACUUCCGAUUCUGAUACGACCAAUAUUGUCCCAGCUCGAAAGGCGAGAUGUGGUCGCAUCACAAGCGCUGCGUGCCGCACUCACCAAGGCGGAACAGAGCCACCCGGGACUGACGUACGAUCUGGUCAUGGGCAUCAUCAAGAAGGGUGACAUCAAUGUGAACAUGAAUGAAAGCAUCCUCAGACUGCAGGGUGCGGCCACAGAUACGGACUUGAUCGAAUAUAGGUUAAAUCGCACGGAGGAUGCAUUCCAGGAACUGAAUAAAAAGUCGGCGGCACUGAAACGAAUCCUGAGCCGCAUCCCGGAUGAGAUAGCGGAUAGGAAAACAUUCCUGGAAACGAUAAAAGAAAUUGCCAGUGCCAUUAAAAAGCUGCUCGAUGCGGUGAACGAAGUGGUCGGUUUUAUACCUGGCUCGUCCGGUAAGCAGGCGGUGGAACAGCGGAAGAAGGAGUUUGUGAAGUAUUCCAAAAAGUUUAGCACCACACUCAAAGAGUACUUCAAGGAAGGAGAGGCAAAUGCCGUAUUCGUAAGUGCCCUGUACCUGAUACACCAAACCAAUCAGAUCAUGAUAACGGUCAAGAAUAAAUGCGAGUAGACAUCUCGAGCAUGCUGCGAUCAAGGAACGCGAACCCACGCGCUGGACAAGGAUGCUGGAUGAAGCAAAAUCAUGAGUAUUUAAUGAUAGAAAUUUUGUUACUUUGUUUUUCCUUUUGUUUUCUGUUGGACGUCCUCUUCCCCCGUUCCAUUCUUCCUAUCUUCCAUUUUGCAUGUUCCGUGGCAAUAAUUAUUGGUACGAAGCGCGCACAUUUCCAGUGCGCCAUUGUUAACAGAGUUACGUUAGUGAGUGUGAACCGGAGCCUGCCCUAUUCCUUUGGUGGCCCAUUUUUUUCUACGAACUACUAGCCGGUAGGACGGACACUCUGGAUUGAUACGAAUAUUUACAUUUGCAAUAGUGGGGACAAUCCCUAAAAGGUGUAGUAAUGAAUGGUGCAGAUCGAUCGGGGCAGAAACAAUUUAGAAGAGAUAUUUAAGAAAACGAUUUGGAUUAUGUUUACUAUUACAAUGAUUAUUAUUAUUAUUAUGAAACUUUUUCCAUGCAGAUUCCGAGGGAGCAGAAGACAGCUAAGGAUCGAAUAGAGAGCGAAUGAAUGAACUCACACGUAUUAGAAAUGAUAGCCAAGGUUCAACAAUAAACAAACACGUCUAUAUAUACAAUACAUUGAAUGUUGUCGAGUAGGAGAAGAGGCAGAUAGCAAGUAUAAACAGAAAAAAACACUAUGAUAACGUUAUUAUUUCUUUUUACUGUAACGAAUGUACGCGGAGCGGUGACAUAAAACAAAAAUCUUAAUAAAACCAUACACUAUAG